AUGGGGAAUAUUCGUGUCUGGGAUCUUGGUGGCCGGCCGACUCAGGCAAGUCACAUCAUCAGAAAGUCCAUCAUUCAAGGGCUGUUGCAGAUCAAGUCGGUGCCCAUACCAGCUGGUGGACAGAACAUCAUCGUGAAGAGCUUGUGUACAGUCGACUGCAACUUGGUGGCUGCUGCAGUAGCCAACAACGUGAAAAUCAUCGACAAGAGUCGGUCCAACGGAGGUAUUGGGCAUCUUGCUAUUGCGGCCUCGGGGAUCAAGCUGUAUGAUCUGCGCAGCUACGAGGAGCUCGAUAGAGGCACCAAACGGGAGUCCACGCCUGCUUCGGAAACUGCGCCUCAAGUCCCUUUGAAGCUGGUCAGUGGUCACAUGGACAUUUUCGCAGUUGUCGCUUCUGAGGACGCGAAGUUAUUCGCCGGCGGAAGAGAGAAAACAAUUCGUAUGUGGACCGACCCUGCGAAGGUUCCGACCGGUCAAGUGUUUCAACCGCCUCAUUUCGAUGCCGUCUCGUGUCUUCAGCCAUGGGGUCGCUCACACCUCGUCAGUGGUUCUCGGGAUAAAUUCAUAAAGCUUUGGGAG